GUGUGCUUGCGUGGAGGUGGGGGUGGCUCCUGGCUUUGGGGCUGUGGGAAGAGGACCCGAGCUCUGUCCGAGACACUUUUUAGUGUGAACCCCAAGAGCCAGCUCUCUUUCAGGCCAGAGUUGUGGUAUUUCUCCAGCCGCUGCCCAGCAGACAAGAAGGCCUGCGUGGAGCCUCUAGCCCCGCCCCCUAGGCUGCACUCCCUCCAAGUCCACAAGUCGUGGGUUGGGGACACAAAUUUUUAACUGAAUCCGUUGAUCAUUAACAGUGGGAAAAAGGAAUCCAAACUCAGUUCCCCCGUGGCUGUAGACAGCUGGGCCUCAGGCCUCCUGCAGAAAUGUUAGGCCCCCAAAUCUGGGCCGCCAUGAGGCCGGGGUUGAGCAGGGGCAUCUCUAGGAAUGUGAAGGGGAAGAAGGUGGACAUUGCCGGUGUCUACCCAGCCGUGACCACCCCUUUCACCGCCACCGCAGAGGUGGACUAUGGGAAACUGGAGGAGAACCUGAAUAAACUGGGCACCUUCCCCUUCCGAGGCUUCGUGGUCCAGGGCUCUACUGGAGAGUUUCCAUUCCUGACCAGCCACGAGCGCCUGGAGGUGGUGAGCCGCGUGCGUCAAGCCAUACCCAAGGACAAGCUCCUGAUAGCCGGCUCUGGCUGCGAGUCCACUCAAGCCACGGUAGAGAUGACCCUCAGCAUGGCUCAAGUCGGUGCUGAUGCCGCCAUGGUGGUGACUCCGUUUUACUAUCGUGGCCGCAUGAGCAGCGCUGCCCUCAUUCACCACUACACCAAGGUUGCUGAUCUUUCUCCAAUCCCUGUGGUAUUGUACAGUGUCCCAGCCAACACAGGGCUAGACCUGCCUGUGGACGCAGUGGUUACAUUGUCUCAGCACCCGAAUAUCAUUGGCAUAAAGGACAGUGGUGGCGAUGUGACCAAGAUCGGGCUGAUGGUUCACAAGACCAGCAAGCAAGAUUUCCAGGUGCUGGCUGGGUCAGUCGGCUUCCUCUUGGCCAGCUAUGCUGUGGGAGCUGUUGGGAGCAUAUGUGGCCUGGCCAAUGUCUUAGGGGCCCAGGUGUGCCAGCUGGAGAGACUCUGCCUCACGGGGCAGUGGGAAGCCGCCCGGACCCUGCAGCACCGCCUGAUCGAGCCCAACACUGCGGUGACCCAGCGCUUCGGGAUCCCAGGACUGAAGAAAACUAUGGACUGGUUUGGCUACUAUGGGGGCCCAUGUCGUGCCCCCUUGCAGGAGCUGAGCCCCGCCAACGAAGAAGCCCUGCGCUUGGAUUUCAGUAACAAUGGCUGGCUCUGAUGACAAGCCGCAGACACCUGGCCUGAGCUGUCUGGGAUUUCUGUUCCUACAGCCUGAAGAGGAGCAGGGCAUUAGGAAUUAGAGCUUGUCUUAGUCAGUGUUCUAUCACUGUGAAGAGGCACCAUGACCCUGGUGACUCUUUUUUUUUGUUUUGUUUUGU